ACACAGGAAAUCUUUGAAGCACACAUCAUGUGGUUCAGUUUCUGUUUCUUGAGAGGAGCAGCACAUUCCCCGAGAGAAGGAGUUAUAUACUACCAGUUCUUCGUAAGAAAAUGAAUUUCACGUCAUGUCAGAAAAUCAGUUUUGACUUUUCAGGCAAAUUCUUGCCUCCUGUUUACAUCUUGGUGUUCAUCAUCGGCCUGGUCGCCAAUGGAUGGGGAUUGAAGUCUUUGCUGCAGAAAUGGAAGAAACUGGGUAACGUCAACGUGUUUGUUCUCAACCUGGGACUCGCCGAUAUUCUGUAUCUGCUCACUGUUCCAUUUGUGGUGGUGUACUACUUAAUGAAGAGUAAAUGGAUCUUUGGAGAGGCGUUCUGCAAGAUAACAAGAUUCUGCUUUAACGUGAAUUUGUAUGGCAGCAUUGGAUUCCUCACCUGUAUAAGUGUGUACAGGUACCUGGCGAUUGUCCACCCAAUGAGAGUGAUGGGAAGAAUAACUGUCAAGCACUCAGUGACUAUCUCCGUCUUGGUUUGGACUAUCGCGAGUGUGCUUAGUCUUCCAGACAUGUUGUACCCCAAACAUCAUGAGAGAAACACUCUCAAAUGCUUCGAUACCACCAACAACGACCGUGUGGAGGAGUACCUGAAAUACAGCCUUGGGUGGACCGUCUGUGGGUUUUGUAUUCCACUCCUCAUCACACUGGGCAGCUAUGGGCAUGUGAUUGUUCUCCUCUGUCGCACAAAUACCAUCGACAAGGUGCUGAAACAGAAAAGCUUAAGGUUGCUGUUCAUCUUGAUUCUUCUUUUCUCUGUUUGUUACAUCCCUUAUCAUGUCCUGAAAAACCUCAACCUCUGGGCGAGAGUCCUGACCAAACAGGGGAAAUGUCGCGGAUGGUUUAACGGAGUCUACAUCGCUCGUCAGAUAAGUCGUGGCCUCGUGUGUCUGAACAGUGCUCUCAACCCUCUGGUGUACCUCCAUGGCCACGAAGAUGUUAAUGCUCUGCUCAGACGACUGCUCCAGCGGGUUCGUCGGAUGUUCAGCCACACGUCUCCUUCGUCAAGCUUCAGCAGUGUUCCAGUGACGAACAUCACACAUGACUUUUAAAACAAAGAGAACGCUGAUAAUUCUGUGUAAAUGACUCUGUUAAAAUGUGUUGUAUUGCAUGCCCCUUACACAUUUAUGUCCUAAGUCAAGUUUUAUAUAUAUGAAGUGUUCAUGAAACUGUUAAAAAAAAGAAGAAGUGCUGUUAUGGGG